AUGGAUUCUCCUGAGGCUCAUUAUUCACUUGCCAGCGUGGUCCCGGUCCAGUACUCUCCCGUCCCGGCCGGCUCGCUGAACCCCGCGAGCCGGGAUCACCCGGUCGAUGAUUGGGACAACGGAGGCACGGCGGCAAGUCCGGUGAUCCAGCGGCUGAGAUUCCUGGACGCAAGCGCCAGGCGCUGGAAGCAGGUGGAGGAGCGGUUCGACCGGAUCACCCUGAACCGCCCCCGGGACGGCAUCGAACCGGCGGCGAAGUGGUCGGAUUUCGGCUUCUGUCUCGGGAUUCAACGGUCAACGGAGUAUGCCCACGAGCUGUUGAGGGCGUUGAGAGGAAGAGAUGGUCUCAAGGCCAACAUCACCAGGAGCGAACUUCACUACUACUGGCGUCGCAUCACUGACCCUUGCCCCGAUUCCAAAAUCCAGAUCUUCUUCGACUUGUGCGAUAGAAAUAUGGACGGGGUGAUUAGCCGGUGCGACAUUAAGCAGGUGAUCUUGUUGAGCGCUUCCGCGAACAAGUUGUGCUUGACCGGCGAGGAAGCGGACGAGUACGCUGCUCUGAUCAUGGACGCCGUCGACUCUGGAAAUCGAGGUCGUUUCAUAGAGAUAUCUCAAGUGGAAACGCUACUCAAGUUUGGCUUGUCGAAGGACUCCUUCGCCACCGCCCUGUCGCCGAGGCUGUGCCAUCGCGGGGGCUGCGAUUCGAAUGGGGCGGUCCGACAGCCCAUGUCGAGGCCCGAGGUCUUGUUCCGGACGUACUGGCGGCGGGCGUGGAUCGUGGCCCUCUGGUUGGCGAUUUGCAUGGCAUUGUUCACGUGGAAGUUCAUUCAGUACAGGCAUAGGAUGGCGUUCGAGGUCAUGGGUUACUGCCUCUGCACCGCGAAAGGGGCCGCCGAGACCCUCAAGUUCAACAUGGCCGUGAUUCUCCUCCCCGUCUGCCGGAACACCGUCACGUGGCUCCGCGCCAGCCAUCGGGUCAGCUCGAUUGUCCCCUUCAAUGAUAACAUCAACUUUCACAAGUUGAUCGCAGCCGGGAUCGUGAUCGGGGUGAUCCUCCAUGGCGGCACCCACCUUGCAUGCGACUUCCCUCGGAUCAGCAGCUCGGAUCACUCGAUCUUCCGCCAGACAAUUGCCGCGAGGUUCGGCUACCAUCAGCCGUCAUACAUCCAGAUCCUGGCCACGACGGAGGGGGCAACGGGAAUUGCAAUGGUGGUCCUUAUGGCAAUCGCCUUCUCCCUCGCAACGAGGUGGCCGCGGCGCCAGGCCCCGCCGCUGCCCCGGUCGGUCCGGCAGGUCACGGGGUACAAUGCGUUUUGGUACUCGCACCACCUCUUCAUCUUCGUGUAUGCGUUGCUGAUUGUGCACUCCAUGUUCCUCUUCCUUACCAGCAACCUAAUAGAAAAGACGACAUGGAUGUAUAUCGCCUUUCCCGUGCUGCUGUACAUGGGAGAGAGGAUCUUCCGGGCUGUUAGAUCGGCAUUUUACGAGGUGGAGAUUCUGAAGGCAAAUGUAUAUCCGGGAAAGGUUUUGUCCCUGACAUUUCGCAAGCCUGAAGGUUUCGAGUACAGGAGCGGAAUGUAUAUAUACAUUCAAUGCCCGCGAAUAUCACCCUUUGAAUGGCACCCGUUUUCAUUAACUUCUGGACCAGAUGAUGCUCACUUGAGUGUGCAUGUUAGGACACUUGGAGACUGGAGUUAUCAAUUGUACAGUCUCUUCCAAGAGGCAAUUGCGGCAAGAUUAGAUAGCUAUCCCAAGAUAUACAUCGAUGGGCCUUACGGUGCAGCCUGUCAGGACUAUGCCAAGUACGACGUCGUGGUCCUAAUAGGCAUUGGAAUAGGAGCCACGCCGUUUAUCAGCAUUCUUAAGGAUGUCAUCGGUUGCGAUCAUGUCGAUAGCGGAAUAGUUAGCAUUCCGAAGGGUCCGUCGAAAGCCUAUCUCUACUGGGUUACGAGGGAUCAGAGCUCCUUUACUUGGUUCAGGGACUUUAUCAAGCAGAUACCAAAGACCAACCGGAAAGAGUCAAUUAUGGAGAUGCACAACUUCCUGACCUCGAUGUACAAGGAGGAAGACGCGCGGUCGGUGUUACUAAGCGCCAUUCAAGCUCUGUCUCAUGCCAAGAGUGGUGUCGACUUCAUCUCUCAGACCCCGGUGCAUACCCAUUUCGCCAGACCAAAUUGGUCCAGCAUUUUCUCGAAGUUGUCCCGAAGGCACGGCGGUUCACAGAUUGGGGUGUUCUACUGUGGUCCUUCAGGAUUAGCAAGAGAGUUGGAGGAGCUGUGCACCAAAUUCUCCACCAAAACCAUCACAAGAUUUGUGUUCCAUAAGGAGCAUUAUUAACUAGGCUUACUCUCUCUCUCUUUUGUCACGAGUUAAGGAAUCUUGGGGGUUUGGUUAUUCCUACUUCACAAGAAGAAGAAGGGGGAAUAGCUAAGAAUAAGGUUUUGGUUUGUUGGCCAGAACUGAUGAGAAGUGGGUUUACCUGUGCAUUACAGGAGAGAAAUUCAAUUCCUGACAAUACCUUAUUGCUUUUGACUUAAAAUAGUGCUGUUGAGAAAGCAUGUACAGAAGACCACAGCUUGAAUGGAAAUACCUCUGUUUAAUCUUUCUCCAAA